GGAUCCGCGGUCCACUGCUUUACUCGAUAUGAUGCGCUCAAGAACAGACUUCUCAGUAGCACGUUUCCCGAGUCUAACUGUACUGACGACAUCAAAGCCUGAAACGCUUGUACCCUCCACUAAACUAUCCUCGACCUUAGUACAAAAAUGUGCUGGACUUCUACAGAUGCAGACUCAAAGCUGUUACAAUGUCGUCCACUCCUGCAAGCUAUCCUCCGCCUCCUGCCGGGCUUAACUAUCUCGCAGUCAUUCGCCCUUCUCUGAAAUUGUUACUUCUAACCUCAGCAUGGUCUUCAGUUUUGAUUCCACUUCUCUUCACAUUGUUUCUGUUCUCCUCUAAGUCAUUGAGGCGAACACCUAUCUUCAUGCUGAAUGUCGCAUCUAUUAUCAUGGGUCUAGCCUUGGGCGUCCUGUCUUACUAUAAUGGGCUUACGACUAUGUUGUCUCCAGAGUUGACAAUAGCUGGCACAACCGUCAUCGCGUACACGAUUUUCAUCAAUGCCUUGCCGCUCUUCUCCGAAUCAAUUUUAGUGCUUAGGGUGUUGACGGUGUAUCCUCUUCGAAGAACAUCUCGGUCGACUCUCAUGAUCGUUUACAUUCCACUGUGUUGCAUGAAGGUUGCCCGGCUUGUUAACAUUUUGGUAUACUGGGUUACGUGGUUUCCUACCAUCCUGGCGGGAGGAAAUCCUAUUGCUGUUGCGCAACAGUCAUGGCAACUUCCUUCCGAAAAAAUUGAGUGGUUUCUGCAGAUGCUCGACAAUGCGUAUGCAUCGGCGAUUUUUCUCUAUCGCCUCAGACAGAGUCGACAUGUAGGUUGUCGGGUUGAACAGCCGACCUCUUAUUCAAAACGUAUCAGCACUUUAUUCUGGAUCGCUGUCUCCAAUUUCGUUUUUCCCGUCAUGCUUUCCUUCGUUCAAUUUGUCCUUGCUUUCAAGGCUCAAUUAUUUCUCGACGCCACGUACAUCAUCAUAACCAACGUAUAUUUCGAAAUCAUCGCCGUGUUGCUUGCCACCGUUUGGUCUGCUGGUAGUAAAUGGUCCGAGAAGCAGCAGGCGACGAGGGACUUGGCAGCAGUGACUCUUCCUCCCUUUACAGCCGGUCUCAUGUCCACCAGGACACCGGCAUUAUACCAAGGAGAUAGUACAGCGGCUACGUGCCCGCGAUCCGCUAUUCUCAUGGAAAGUGUGAGCCUAGGAAAUGAUAUCGAGUCCAACGGAUGCGGUCAUGCGGAAGUUAAGCACGACACGGAGUGCUAGUUUUGAGAAGGACGUUUCUUAAUUUACUUUCUGAAGACAGUGAUUAGUAUCUAUUAGACUCGAACAGGUUGUUUAUCCCUUCAAUUACAGUCGUAUAUUCGCCCUCCCAACC